AUUAUUACUUUAAGAGAUUACAUUCCCAAAAUCAUUGGUCCAGAUGCUUUUAAUCUGUAUAUUGGCCCUUAUGCAGGUUAUGAUCCCACACUGAAUCCUACAGUUUCCAAUGUAUUUUCAACAGCUGCCUUUCGUUUUGGCCAUGCAACAAUCCAACCAAUAGUAAGGCGAUUGAAUGAACAGUAUUUAGAUGAUCCAGAACUCCCAAAUCUUCAUUUGCAUGAAGUUUUCUUUAGUCCUUGGAGGCUUAUUAAAGAAGGAGGCUUGGAUCCUUUACUAAGGGGUCUUCUAGCACAUUCAGCAAAACUGCAGGUGCAAGAUCAACUGCUGAAUGAGGAGUUAACAGAAAAACUGUUUGUGCUGUCCAAUAAUGGUUCACUCGAUUUAUCAUCAUUAAAUUUACAGCGUGGCCGUGAUCAUGGUCUCCCAGGUUAUAACGACUGGCGAGAAUUCUGUGGCUUACCAAAACUGGAAACUCACACUGACCUGAAUACAGUAAUAACCAAUCACAAUGUCACUAAAAAAAUCAUGGAAUUGUACCACAACCCUAGCAAUAUUGAUGUUUGGCUUGGUGGACUUGUAGAAGACUUUCUUCCAGGUGCUAGAACUGGUCCCCUCUUUGCGUGUAUAAUUGGAAAGCAAAUGAAAGCACUAAGGGAUGGUGACCGAUUUUGGUGGGAAAAUGGUAAUGUUUUCACAGAAGCUCAAAAGCAUGAACUCAAGAAACACUCGUUGUCCCGCGUGAUUUGUGAUAAUACAGGAAUUUCUGAAGUGCCAGCAGAUGCCUUUCAACUUGGAAAGUUUCCACAGGAUUUUAAGCAUUGUGUUAAUAUACCUGGGAUGAAUUUAGAAGCUUGGAAAGAAUUUUAUCAGGAAGAGGAAGUAUGUGGAACACCAAAGAGUGUAGAAAAUGGUGAUUUUGUAUAUUGUUCAGAAACUGGAAAAUCUACAGUGACUUAUUCAUGCCAAUAUGGAUUUCAAUUACAAGGCGCAGAGCAAUUAACCUGCACAAGUAAAGGAUGGAACUUUGAGGCUCCUGUUUGUAUAGACAUCAAUGAAUGUGAAAACAAAAUUAAUCCACCAUGCUCUCCUUCUGCUAAAUGCAUUAACACUAAAGGCAGCUAUAAAUGUCUCCAUACUGAUCCUUACAAGCUGGCAGAAGAUGGAAGAACAUGCAUUG